ACAUAGGGAAGAAGGCACAGUGAAAAUGGCUCUUUACCAACUUCUGUGUGGGUCAGCGGUGAUGAUCAUCCUCUUAUCCAAUGGAUGUCAUUCACUACAACAGCAGCCAGUUCUUGCAUGUGGCCGGGCGGUGAACAACCCCAGAAUUGUGGGAGGCCAAGAUGCGGCUGCAGGAACUUGGCCCUGGAUAGCCAGUUUACAAAUUGAUAAGGAUCACCGUUGUGGAGGGUCCCUGAUCAGCGAUAAGUGGGUUCUGACUGCUGCUCACUGCAUCCCAGAGUUUCCCACAAACAUGACGGUUGUUCUGGGCCGCGAAAGCAUGACAGGUCAAAACUUGAACGAAGUGUCAAGGGUAGUUGAUAAGAUCAUAACCCAUCCUGCUUACGAUGCAUUGAGCGACGACAACGACAUGGCUCUUCUGAAGCUGUCGAGUCCCGUAAAAUUUACCGACUACAUCCAGCCGGUGUGCUUGGCCUCUGCAGACAGCACCUUCUACACCGGUGACAACAACUGGGUCGUUGGUUUUGGUACUACAUCAAGUGGUGGCCCCCUAGCCGACACCCUGCAGGAAGUGAGGGUCCCAAUCGUGGGAAACAAUGAGUGCACAUGUGCCUACCCAUAUCUCACAGACAACAUGAUCUGUGCUGGGUUAAGAGCUGGAGGGAAGGAUUCAUGUCAGGGAGACUCAGGUGGACCAAUGAUGAUCAAAACUGGUUCAGUCUGGAUCCAGAGUGGUGUUGUGAGUUUUGGAGUAGGCUGCGCCUUGCCAGAAUAUCCUGGAGUUUACGCCCGUGUGUCCCAGUACGAAGACUGGAUCAAAAAUUACACUGGCUCCAGCAAACCAGGCUUUGUUGACUCCAUGUCCUCAGGAGUUGACACCGACUUAACCUUUGACUGUUCCGAAAUAACCACAAACACUGAACCCCCCAAACCUUAUCCCACCACCCAUCACCCCUAUCCCCCCACCCAACACCCCAAUGCCACCACCCAACACCCCCAUACCACCGAUGACGGCAGUGUGUUUGGCAGUGGUGAGAGAGUGAUCUCCUCACUCGGUCUUCUCCUUAUGUCUCUCUAUGUGCUGGUCGGAGGCAUAUAACAUGGAGAUGUUGAAGUAAGACAAGUUUAGGGUUUCUGUGCCCAAAUGGCUCAUUCACUUGAUUUGAUAUGAGCCCUAAUUGUUUGAAAAUAGAAAAUAUGAUUUAAGAUAUAUAACUGAAAUGUUUUAAUUAGCGAUAACCCUUCUUGUGAUUUAAAAUAAUAUAAUAAUUAAAAUGUGAUUUUCCUCAUUUCUUCCUUUAAUCAAAGUGUUAAACUUAUCUUGAUUCCAUUUCCGGUGGAUAGUCAAUCAUUCUGCAGAUGACUGGAUUAAGUUUGAAAAAAAAUGUUCAAAGAUUUUGCAUUGUCUUGUAAAGAUUGCUUUUCCAUACAUAACGGGAUAAAAAAAUAUAUAAAGAAUGAUCUUUUGUGUAA